AUGAAGAACGACAGCAGCCAAAGCUACAACAGUGAAGAAAACAACUCGAAGAAAGAAAGUGCUAUCUCAACCCUGGAUUCAAGAUUCAACCAAACCCUCCGAAAUGUUCAAGGGUUGCUCAAAGGGCGUAGUAUUCCUGGUAAAGUGUUACUGAGUAGAAGACCAGACCCACUAGAUCAGUCAAACAUACAAGGGCACUCUCCAAAUUAUGAAAGGAGCUUCUCAUACAAUGAUGCUGAAACAAGUGAUCGCAUGUCCAAGGACCUAGAGGAAGAAGUGCAGAACCCAAACAAGCCAAGCAAUAAUGAAAAUUCAAAUGGCCUAAAUUCAUCAACCUCAAAUAUUGAGAAUACUUCCAAAGAAGCACAAAAAUCCACCAUGGGUGCUAGAGCUACUGAUUCUGCAAGAAUUAUAAAGUUCACAAAGGUCCUUUCAGGGACAACAGUCAUACUGGAGAAGUUGCGUGAGUUGGCUUGGAGUGGCAUACCACCAUAUAUGCGACCUGAUGUAUGGAGACUUCUUUUGGGAUAUGCACCACCUAAUUCAGAUAGAAGGGGGGGAGUUCUGAAAAGGAAGCGCCUUGAGUAUCUUGACUGUGUUUCCCAGUAUUAUGACAUUCCAGAUACUGAGCGUUCAGAUGAUGAGAUAAACAUGCUUCGCCAGAUUGCUGUCGAUUGCCCAAGAACUGUGCCAGAUGUAUCUUUUUUUCAGCAAGCUCAAGUCCAGAAAUCCUUGGAACGCAUCCUUUACACAUGGGCCAUUAGACAUCCUGCAAGUGGAUAUGUUCAGGGAAUAAAUGACCUUGUUACUCCCUUUCUAGUCGUUUUCUUAUCAGAAUACUUAGAAGGGAGUGUGGAUAGUUGGUCAUUCUCUGAUCUGUCUCCUGAUAAAAUAUCUAACAUAGAGGCUGAUUGCUAUUGGUGUCUAUCAAAGUUACUUGAUGGUAUGCAAGACCAUUACACAUUUGCCCAGCCGGGAAUCCAGAGGCUUGUGUUUAAGCUAAAGGAAGUGGUCAGGCGGAUUGAUGAACCGGUAUCUACGCACAUGGAGGAGCAAGGGCUAGAAUUUCUUCAAUUUGCUUUCCGCUGGUUCAACUGUCUUUUAAUACGUGAGAUUCCUUUCCAUCUUAUUACUCGCCUAUGGGAUACAUAUCUUGCUGAAGGAGAUGCAUUGCCAGACUUCCUUGUGUAUAUAUUUGCCAGUUUUCUUUUAACGUGGUCAGAUAAGCUUCAGAAGCUUGAUUUCCAAGAGUUGGUUAUGUUUCUUCAACACCUUCCAACUAAUAACUGGACUCACCAAGAGCUAGAGAUGGUGCUUUCAAGAGCUUUCAUGUGGCACAGUUUGUUCAAUAGCUCUCCUAGCCAUUUAGCCAACUAA